AUGUCGGAGGCGACUCCCGAUCCGUCAACCUAUCUUGAACCUCCCAGCAACACCACCCAGAAAGAGGACCCAGGAGCUGAGGACACGGCUUCCAACAGCGAUGACGAACACUUUUCAGACGCCAGCGAAGGUCACGACGAUGUACAAUCAAGCCCCCAAUCCGGUAGCACAUCCCCUGUCCCGCGAACUCGCGUAGAACGGGUAGACAGCAAUCUACAACACGGCGAAGUGCCCGGCACGGCUGCAUAUGAAAUGAGAGAGCAAGACGCUGUUCCCGACGAGAUUGAAGUCCUUCCAGAGAGUGCUGAGGGUACUCAGAGCAAGGAUGUUUCGCCCGCGGGGUCGCAAGACCGACCCUUGACCCCAGGCGGUUCGCCAAUUCCGCGAACAAUGGUCGAAAAAGUUGACCCGGAAACGCCCAGCCAUGGCGAAGUUCCUGGAACAGAGGCAUAUGAAAAGCGUCAAGCUGAUGCCGUACCUGACUUCAUCAAGGUGGCUGAUGAUCCUGACGAUUCUCAACCUCCUUCUGUGGAUCAUGAAUCUCCGGAUGCCAACUUCUCUGAUCAGGAAAUUCCCGAGACUAAAGUUUCUCGAGUGGAAGCCAUGCCUACUGAGGAAGGGCUACUAUCACAUCCGAAAGCCCAUCAGAGCUCACCGAGUGACGCAGUGCCAGAUAUUGUGGAAACAGUGCCUGACGCCUCAAUACCCGAGGAGCCCUUGUCGCAAGACACUGCGGAAGAAUUCAGCGAAGACCAAGAGUUCGGAGAUGAUUUUGAUGAAUUUGUUGAAGAGCAAGACGACAUGGGAGACGACGAUUUUGGAGAUUUUGAUGACGGCUUCCAAGAGCCCACCGACGAUGUUAACGAGGAAGCUCCCAUGGAUGGCACCAUGACACCACAGCAGCCUCCUGCACUUCUUUCUGUCCCUCCUCUCAUCAACUUCGACGCCUUUAAAUCCACCUCCGAACUUCUCUCGGCCCUCCAAGGCACUCUCGAUAACCUUCUCCCAGCCUCUCAAGAUCUCGACUCUUUACCACCAGUCGAACCAAUCCCCGACUCCUCAGCAAUUUUCAGCACAGAGCGCUCCCUCUCCCUCUGGUCCCAGCUCGUGGCCCCACCCCCCCUCCAACCACAGAACUGGGUGAAGUCACGCAUCCGCCGACUUUUCCUUGUCUCUUUAGGCGUACCAGUCGAUCUCGACGAGAUUCUCCCUGCAUCCAAGCAAAAGAAGCUCAUCCUUCCGUCAAUUGACCUCGAUGGAGUCUCACCAACCCGCAACCAAGCCCCAAAAGAAGGCGAAGGCACCCAAAACACAAAUACGACAGGGCAGGCCCCUACGCGCAGCAAGACCACUCGCCGCGGUGCGCCCCCACCGCCGGAACUGGACCUUUCAUCUGUCCGUCGCCUGUGCGCAACCACCGAUGCUGCGCUUGGCGGUCUGACAGACCCAGAGCUGAAAGAACAUGUUCAGGAGUUGGAAAACGUCACGCUGCGCGCCAGUUCACUAUUGGAGUACUGGCUUAAGCGGCGUGAUGGUUUGGUUGGCGAAAAGGAGGCAUUUGAAGGGGUGAUUGAGAACCUUGUCAGUCAUGUCCGUCGGGUUAGGAAGUAA